AUGUCAAAUAUUUCAGAAGUUACUUUCAAGUCGCCUGAAGUCGAUAUGACAACUCCAUGUACCGAAUCCAACGAAAAUUCUUGCGAAAUCGCGUCGAAAAGAUGCGACCAGUUCUCCAGCCCGGCGUUAAGACCGCGGCAUAGUUCAAUGCCGAACACAGAGGUACAGAUGGCUUCAGCGGGUGAUGCCACCGACGUGGAAUUGGAAUUUCCGUCUGCGGAUAAUGCAGCCGACCUGAGAUUGGAAUCGCCGUCUACGGGUGAUGCAGCCGCCAUCAUGAGAUUGGAAUUUCCGUCUGCGGAUAAUGCAGCCGACCUGGGAUUGGAAUCGCCGUCUACGGGGGAUGCAGCCGCCAUGGGAUCGGAAUCGCCGUCCACGGGUGAUGCAGCCGCCAUGAGAUUGGAAUCGCCGUCGGUCGCUUCAACGCAGGAGCCGGCGAUGAUUGCCUCACAGCCUGCAGCCUGCAACGACUUGAGACGGCAAACGGUUUCGGCCGAGCCGUCAAGUGGCCCGUCCGAAAUCAUCGUGGCCAACUAUGCAAGUCCUACGUUCAGGCUCUACAGUGCGUUGCUGAACAAGGCGAUUGUGACGCCUAUUUCCACUGAAGUCGUCACGGAUCCGCCGUUCGUAUCUUCACCGGCCGAGUUUUCACCGACCGAGUCUUCUCCGUUUCAGUCUCCACCGUCCGAGUCUUCACCAUCCGUACAUUUGACGUCCGAGUCUUCACCGUUGGCAUCGUCCCCGCUCCAU